UCGGCGAUAGAGAUUGGUCACACCGACGGCCACAUCAAAUCUGGGGGUCUAGCGUGUGACCCUGUUAUUUCUAUACUGCAAUAAAGUAGCUGUGUAAUCUUAGAUAAGUUGUGUGUCGUUGUUAUAUUAAUAUACGAAAAUUUUAGUGUAAUAUAUGUGCAAAAUAUGGAACGUGCAACUGGAACAGAAGUGUACGGGUGUGGCUCGCCCCAUUCAACAGACAUCACGCUAAAUAUACAGACUACAACUGGUGGUAAUUUCUCCGUUAGCUUGAACGGUAAAAAUACAGUGGAGCACCUUAAAAAGUUGGUCUCCAAGAAGCUAAAAGUGUCAAAGGACCGAAUAUGUCUUCUGCAUCGCGAAAGACAACUCCAGGACGGCACUUUGGACGAGAAUGGCUUGUUGGACGGCUCGCGCGUCAUACUGCUGCCCAGCGUGGAGACGGGCCUGCUGAGUCAGAGGCCUGAAAACUCUGUGAUGCAAGCUUUAGAAUCACUUAAUGACACACAAGUAAAUGACUUUUUAAGUGGUAAAUCACCACUAAACCUGACAAUGAGACUUGGUGAUCACAUGAUGCUUAUACAGCUUCAGUUGUCCACACUAAACUCUUCAGGUGGCAAAUCACUAAGGACAUCCACACCCGCUAAAGCAUCCAGUUCUACAAGUACAAAAUGUGACCAUUCAGAAUCUUCAAGUUCACAAAGCACCUCGCAGAAGUCUUCAAAGAAUGAGGAUUCAUCAGAGGGCAUUAAAGUCAAAGAUGCAUCAACAUCACCAAUGUUACAGAAACAUGAAUUGGAAAUGCUACAAAAUGCAUUCCAGUUGUAUCGUACAAUGGCUGAAGAAAAAUAUGCAAAUAAAACUGAAACAGAUAAAAAAGAUGUUGAUGCUUCCAAUUGUUCAAUGUCAGAUCUAUCAGAUACAUCUUUAGAGAAUGAACAAUCACCUAUUAAGUCUCUUUCUAAUUUAGUAUCUAGUCCAAUGGAUGCAUCAGUCUCUGAGAGUAGAGAAACAACUAUUACAAAUUCAGUUAAAAGUAGUUUAAUAGAUCUUUUAUCAAAUAAUAAACCUAAUGAUGUGACUCCUUCCACGAGUGCUGCGUGUGACAAAACAUACUCCUCUACCGCAUCCAUCACACCAGAGAGCUCACUCAGCGAUGACAGUGACAAUUUCACAGACCAAAGUUCAUUUCUAGCUGAAAGCACCAUAGAUGAAUAUCCAAUGGAGAAUUUAUUCAACAGUGCAAUAGACAAAGGCUUGUUUGAGGAACAAGAUGAAUCUAUGAUGGACAGAGAGAUUUCAAAUCUGGCUACAACCAGUCAUGGAAGUCAAGAGUCUCCGAAUGGGUCUUUACCCUCCUUCCAAAGUUUAAAUGAGCCUUUAAAAAACAAACGGUUCCAAUAUCUUCUACAUAAAACUUCAAAGUUUAAACGUCCCAUUGGACAGAAUAAACAGAAGGCAUUUAUGCAAUCUGUUGUUAAUAAGCACAAAAAAAGAAUGCAAAUGCGACAAGAAACUCAACCGCAACCAUCUACCUCAAGAACUGAGCCUUAUGUAGGCAGUGUUAAGAAACCUGUACCUUUAAGUACUGCUAUUGCUGAGGAUAAUGCUGUACCAUCUACAUCAAAAGCCUCUUUCAAAGCUCCUGAUGCACCCAAAAAGGCACAAAGAGUCUCUCCAACUCCACCAGUUGAUACAAAAGCUCUUAUAGAGGCCUCAAAGAAUUUAACACAGAAACUUAAAAGGUUAUCAAAAGAGGUUUUGACAAAUAAACUUGAUCUCAGAAUGGCGGAGGAAACGGUACGCUCCAAGAUAGGUCCCGGUGCUGUAAUUGAGUCAAUGAAACAUCAUGGCAAAGGAAUAUAUUCAGGAACAUUCUCUGGAACACUGAACCCUGCUUUGCAAGAUAGAUAUGGUCGUCCGAAGAGAGAUAUAUCAACUAUUAUUCAUAUACUGAACGAUUUGCUGUGCGCUUCGCCGCCAAUAUCCACUCUUGCGCAGAAGGAAACAAAGCACAUAUGUUCCGCUGGCGUGUCUGAGGAGAGCGGCGCGUGCUCGCUGGGCGAGUGCGAGGGGCACGCGGGCAAGCCGUGCGCGUGCCCCCAGGCGUGCCGGUGCCCCCGGCGUGACCCCGCGUGCCCCGCGUGCCCCGCAUGCGCCGCCUCGCCCGGACAGCCGUGCAAGAAGUGUGACACCGCGAACGCUCUCGCUAUAGAAAACUCAAAGACUAAGUGUAAACUGGAGCAGCUGCGGCUGGUGAUGCAGCAGAAGAAGCAGCGCCGUGAAGCGAGGAAGCUUAAGACCUCGCCGUACGCGGGCGCGCCCCCUAAGGCGCUGGGGUCGCCCGACGCCGCGCCCCCCGCACCCCCUGCACCCCCCGUGCCCGACGAGAUCGAGACCCUCGCCUAACUCGCACCCCCUACACCAUGCGACGUCAUCUACACCGUCCCCCGUACACUCUAAAUUAUAGUCACCCUUGUUUUGCUUCGAACUAAAUCAUAACAUCAUAACAUACUUUACAUGCAACACUAAAUUCACCUGCGAACCUGACAUUUAGAACAUAAAAUAUACUAAUACAAUUCUAACUUCAGCCUAAAAGUUACCGUUAGUAUAGACGCGUGGUAUGUUCUAUGGAUAUUUUUACCAUUAUAAUUUAGUAUAACGACUUGGCGUCGCGUGUGACGGACAUUCUGCACUGAAUGUUCGUGAAUAUUCUAUUCUAUUCUAAAUUACGACUCAUAGAUAUAUAACCUAUAAAUGGAGUGUUUAAAAUUUGACAUCUAAUCGAGAAUUGAGUUUAGAAAUGUCUUUUUUUAGUGUAAAUAACACUGAAUUUACUCGAACAAGAGGCCUCCGGAGAUUGUUUUAUCGCCUUUUUUGCUCUAGAUUAUCUAUAGAUUAUAUAUCUAUGUAUGACAGCUUGUGUUGAGUUCGGCAGAGACAUCUAGCAGCACUUGUCUGCAUGUACAAAUAAAAAUAUAUUAGCGAAAUCCGUAGAUAUUAGUUUAAUUGUAACGCAGUCGGUCAUCUGAUGUCGGUUGCGGUGUGGCUGACUUUUGUUGUUAUUUUUUAGAUUAUAUUUAAUUAUAUUCAGUCAAUUUUUUUUAUCUAUGUACCUUCAAUAUUCUUAUUCCUGUUAUCGGAUUCACUUUCUAAAGUUGUACAAAAUUGACAGAUAAAAUAGUGUAUUAUAGAUUAUAAAACUGGUUUGCAAUUUGACCAUUUGCCUUGUGUUUAUUAGCAAUUAAUUGGCACUGUUAUUCUUAGUUAUUUUGUCUUGUUUUUUUCUUCUUUUCUUUUUUUUUGAAUUUGUUAUUUAAAAUAAAUGUUUUCCUAACUUUACACGAUUUAUCAAGUCUUUUAUUGUUUUGAUAGAUAGGUUGACACCAUGAUUUAUAUAAAGUAUCAUUUCGAUGUGUAUUUGCGGGUAGACACGAAAAAAGUAUAUAGUCUAUAUAAAUUUCAAGGGGGUGGAAGUCUUGAAUAAUAUUUUAUAUGAUUUAUGUACUAAUCGAAUUAGAAAUAUUGACGAUAUAACGGCCUGUGCCUAAUAAAAUGGCUCUAUUUGGCUUCGAGAUUGACACGUGAUCGAAUCAAAGUUCCUCCAUACAUACAUUUUUGAUUGUAAGCAUUCUAAGGUUUUCUUUCAAUUUCUUAAUAGUUACCAACUCUUCAAAAUUAAUAGACAAAUAAUAGAAUGUUUUCCAUAUAUUCAAAGUAAAAUCUACAUUUAAUUAAAAAUAAAUGAUUUGUUUCUAUGUAAUUGAUUUAGCUUACAUAUAAAUUUAUCUGUAAAUAGUGAUAUGAAAUAGAAUUAUAAAAGUUUAGAGUUGACGAUUUCUUGCUUAUCAGAAACAAUAAAAAUGAGCUAUUUUUAUAAAUAUAAAAGUAAAGUCAAAAAGAUGUUUAAAAUAUGCUGAAGCCUUCAUAUUUAACCUUCCUUGAUGCAAAUUACUGCCAACUCGAAAGAUAUAUAAUAAAUAUUAUAUCGAGGUUUGUUAGAUUGCUUAUAUAUUUGAAUGCAAUGUCUUCCUAAGUAUAAUUUAAAAUUCAUUUGCAUUACUCUUAUAUUCCAUUUUGGUAAGGGACCAAAUAACAAGCUGGUAGUAUUUCGGUGUAGCGUAGCAAUAAACAGCACAGUCUACAGACGUGCAAGAAGUGCCUAUCGAUGUUUUGAAAUUAAUUGUGUUGUGCCAUGUCUAUCCAUUCUUUGGUCUGUGGCAUUUUUGUUCGUAUUAGAUCUCUUACCAAUUUGGCUCAUAUCUUAAACUUAAUUUGAUUUAGAUAAUUCGAAACUUUGGCCGAUAACUAUUGUUUAUUGUAAAUAUCUUUGUUACCAUUAGACAUGAAACAUUUUUGUUAUAAGGGCCGAAUAAAUAUCUAUGCUAACAGAUUACUAAGGGAAACGGGGAAAAAAUGUUUUUUUUUUGUCCUUGUAUUUGCAUGUAUAGUGAGGAGAAUAAAGUUAUAAUAUAAAAACAA